AUGGAACCUACCAAAGGAAUUCAUGGAAUGGGUGGCAUUGGUAAGACGACAAUAGCUAGGGUUUGUUACGAACGAAUUCACGACAAAUUCGAAGCUCAUUGCUUCAUCUCCAACAUUCGAGAGAAAUUUGAAACCUCUAGUCUUCCAUAUUUACAAAGUGAACUCCUUUCAAGAAUGUUUUCAAUUGAAAAUAGCGACAUAGGGGAUGUUCAUGAAGGUAUUGCUAUGAUAAACCAAGCGGUUUUUCGAAAAAAGAUUCUUCUUGUCCUAGAUGAUGUGAAUUGUUCAGACCAAAUCAUGGGAUUGAUUCCAAACAAAGACUCUUUUAGAAAUGGCAGCAGAAUCAUCAUCACAACAAGAAAUGCAGUAAGUUAUGAUAGGUUGGAUGAGUGGGAGAACGAGAUAUUUCUAGACGUUGCUUGCUUUUUCAUGGGGAAGAGAAAAGAGAUUGUAGAAGAGAUUCUACAUAAUUGUGGUUUUCCAUGCCAAAAUAAGGGUUGA